CAAUCGCAAGUCCGAAAAUUUACCAGUCAGGCUACCAUGUUUCGAAGCACAAAAAGCAGGGCGGUAGAAAGAAACAGAAAUUUUGCAAGAGAUGUACCAGCAAACGUUAGUUACCCUACACGAUUAAAUUUUUACUUGAAUCCACCCCAUGAGGAAAUCAGUAUAGAAGAGUUUGAAACAUGGGCAAUUGAUCGACUUUAUGUAUUAGGCGAAAUUGAGUCAGCCCUUUUCCGGAAUAAGACGAAAAAGGAACUGGAUAUGAUUAUUAAACGCGUCGUUGAUAAACACUUGCCCAUGAGCAGUAAUAUGGCUAGAGUCGUCAAAGGAGCGGGCCUAGACGAAGAACGUAGGAAGGACCAUUAUUCUCAUUUCAUUUUGCGACUUGCAUUCAGUAGAUCAGAGGAAUUAAGAUAUCGAUUUCUUCGUGCUGAAUCUGCUCUCUUUAAAUAUAGAUUUAUCAAUGAAGAAACAAGAGAGCGCCAAUAUUUUGUUGACAGCCUUAAUUUUCAAUGGAAUGCAGUUUCUAAAGAAGAGAAAAGCCAGUUUUUGAGUAAAAUCCAAGCCGCGUGCCAACGAAACGUGGAAAACGAAUCUUUUUUUAAAGUACCCUUUAUAAAAGUACCUGACUUGGUGGAACGAAGAGCUGUCUUUGUUCACAAAGGUUUUGCAUAUGUACCUUUUUCAGAACAGAUAAGUAUCGUGAUAGAGGAAUUUGAGAAAAAUCUAAAAUCAUCUCUUGAAAAUACAGCAAAAGCUUUACCGCGGUUAGAUGAAGAUGAUCGUCUUUUGCCUAUUUUAAAUCAUCUCAGUAAAGGAUUUGUAGCACCAGAGCUAUCUGUCGCUGCAGCUAAACCUGGUGAAGUUACAGCAGACCAGGUUGAUAGUCUUGUCCCUCAUUUUCCCUUGUGUGCCAGGCAUCUUCACAAUGUUUUGAGGAAAGAAAAACACCUCCGCCAUUUUAGCCGUCUUCAGUAUGGCCUUUUCUUAAAGGACAUUGGCCUAUCUGUUGAGGAGGCUCUGAUUUUCUGGAAAAGUAGCUUCUCUAAUACUAACGAUGACAAAUUCAAUAAGGAGUAUCGUUACAAUAUUCGCCAUUCUUAUGGUUUAGAGGGUAACAGAAAAAAUUACAAGGGUUAUAGCUGUCAGCAAAUUUUGACAGGACCCCAAUUGGGACCUGGCGAUGCUCAUGGUUGUCCCUAUAGAACUUACUCACUCGAUAAUCUUGUCACGGCUUUAAGUACAAUGGGUAUAGCACCAGAUUCGUCUGGUUGCCGGGAAGUAGUCGAUGCUGUAAAAGGUCGACAUUAUCAUAUCGCAUGUACACGUGUCUUUGAGUUAACUCAUCCUCAGAAGGGUACUUUAGAAGAAAGCAUUCACCACCCUUUGCAAUAUUAUCAGCUCAGCACAGAACAUCAGUAAAGGCCUGAUGUAAAAAAACCUAAGCAUUUAAUGAAACUAAAAAAGGGGAUAUGGAAUAGCAACUACUGCUUUUACAACCGUCCGUUCGUUUAAUCUUACUUUUAACUUCCACCUUUAGUGGCCACACUGUUAACAAUUUACGUUCUCAUAACCUACAAAUUGAUUAUAUUACAAGCUUAUAUAUAUUGUAUAUAUUGAUAAUAAUCAUCUAGAAUAAAUCGUAGCAAGCCG